AGUAGAAGGUCUGUGUUGUGAUGACGCAAGAAUAGUCGUUGGAGGGAGAAUGAAAGUUGUUGUUUUGGAUUGGUUGAAGAUGGAUUUUAUUUGAAAUAAAUGUUCUCUGUUCAUAGAGUUGCUGCAUAAUUCUUUGAUACUUCCCAUACUGUACAUAAUUUCCAACUAUGCCUCCAAAGAUCCCGGCAACAAUGGAUCUUAAACAGUUUAUGCUCCGUCAGAAAGUUCUGAAACUGUAUCGAGACAUAUUACGGGAAAUACGCAGAGUACCGGAUGAAGGAAGUAAAGCUGAACUUCGCCUUUGGGCUAGAAGUGACUUUAGAAAGUACCAAAAUGAGAAAGAUGAGUACGCUAUAAAGAUGCUGAUCUUCAAUGGUGAGAGAUCCUUAAAGGAACUGAAGCAAUCCAUUGAGUUGAGCAGUGCAAAGAAUAAUUAAAAGUAGCAUGUGAUGUUAAUGGCACAUGUUUGCUGUGACUGAACAAUAUAAAACAAUGUAAUAUUUAUGGUGACAUCAUCCUGACAACAGAGAUAUGGUGAAAUAGAUAAGAUAGAUAUUGUAUGCUUACAAGAUGAAGGCAGCAUAGAUUGUUGAUACUGGUGUAACUUAUAAUAAUUAUAGCUGGGACCAAUUUGUAUAAUUAAUGCAGCUGUUAUUUGAUUUGGUUAUAAAUGAAGCUGUUAACAAACAACCUGAAGCCAGAAUACUUUGACAUAAUUAUUUUUUAUAUACUUUACAUGAGGAAUGCUACUGUUCCUUUCCAUUGGUCAUGUCUUGUCACAUAUUUUGCUUGUGUGAAGCCUUCUAUUUGGAGCCCGAGCAAAAGUGAUGUAAAGUGGGGGGCAAAAACUUAAUUAAUGUGAUUGAUAACUGGUUUGUGUGUGUACUUCCAGUGCCUUGUUUGAUAUAGAUGAGCACAAGGUGCUUUUACAAAUUUUGGCCGUUCUUUCUAGAUCUAUGUAUGUACUCUGCAAGCCAUUAAACAGUGAAUGGCUGAGAGUACUCUGCACCAUAUUAAACAAGAGAAAAAGACUCUAUAUGCCUGUGUACAUGCCCUAAUCUCUCUUUAUCUUAUUCUCAUGAUCCCAGAAUGGUUGUACAGUCUUCUUUGAAUACAAGUUCUGUAAAUAUUCCCAAAGGGCUUCACAAGAACUAUACCAUCUGUCCUCCAAUGAUUCCAAUUGAAGUUCUGUGAGCAAUUCUGUUACACUUUUGUGAGGCCAAUACCAAUCUGCUACAAUCCUAGCAGCUUGUCUCUGAAUUUGUUCACUGUCUAUUGUCAUGCCUACUUAAUGACACCAAACUAUGGAACAAUACUUUAGAAUUGGCUGCCCUAGCAUCUUAUAUACAAUUUCCUUUACAAAUGUAGUACACUUUCACAGAACCUAUCCAACAAAUCCAAGUCUUUCGUUCACCUUCCCUAAUACUAAUUGUAAGUGUUUGUCCCAUUUAGUAUCACUUUUUAGUAUUACCUCUAAAUACUUACAUGUCUACAUCUAUCUACACAUAUACCUCACCGUAUGGUGCAUUGGGGAGGUAACUUAUAUCACUGCUAGUCAAGUAGAGAACCAGAGCAGUCCCAUCACACAGCCCUGGACCACUCCCGGUGAUACUUUUGAUGACCACUUGCUAUCCAGGACACCAUACUGGGUUCCAUUACUUAAAAAAUCUUUGAGCUACUCACAUGUCUGAGAACCUAUUCUGUAUGCUCAGAUUUUGUGAACAGUCUGCAGUGUGGCACUGUGUGAAGUGCUGUGUGCAAGAAAAGAGCAAGCUAAGUUUCAGAUGUGUCAUGCUCUCUGAAUCCAUGCUGAUUUGUAGAUGGAAAAUGCGAUACACUCUAGAUGUUCACAGCUAAUCUUGUAAUCAGGUUCUUUCUCUUUGUUAUAGGCCUUGUUUUACACAUAUCCACAUUUAAGGAGACCCUCUUAAUGUUACUGAUUCUACCUGAAAAAACCUUUUAUGUAUAUUGACAAUAUUAUAGUCCUUAUUACAUUUUCUUGGGCUACACCCAAUAUGACUUUUAAUUACUGUUACACAUUCAUCUCCUAGUAUUACAUACUGCCUUACAUUUGUCAAAUAUUCAUUGUGACAAUCACAUAUUUGCAAAGAUAUUCUGUAUUUUUGUAUCUUGGAUAGUAAUUGACAGUGUGGUACUGUGUCAGAAUACCUUUCAGAAAUUCAAGAAGGCGGAACCUAUCUGUUCACCUGCAUGUAUUAUUAAAUUUGAAAGGUAUUGUGUAUGAAUAAAGCAAGCUGUGUUUCUCACAAA